AUGGCCCAAACUGAUCCUAAAAAUGUUAAGAAAAGACAAAAAGAGGUUGCAUUAGCGUGGAACACGUUGAGAGAAGAAAACUGUUGGGAGGCAGAGGAGAUAAAGAGAGUUCCUCUCACGCCUAUUCUUUUUGCCAUGGAACAUAGACUGGUAAACAAAAUUAAGAUUGUAAAAGCAGAAGGAAAAAAGUGGUUUGGUAAAGGGCCAAAUGUGACAAGCUUAGAGAAAGAGUUGAGAUUUUGGACGGGAUUAGCUCUGGUUGCUGCUGCCAUGCAGGCUAUUAAAUCAAAUAAAAAGGGGGAAGUUGACAGUGGUGCAGCUGCAAAGCAAAAGGAAGUUGAACAAGGAAACAGUCAGCCAGACUCAAGUGUGACACCUACGGCUCCUCCUCAAGCUCCACCCCCAGUGAAAUCGAUCUACCCCUCCUUGCCCACACCUCCUCCUUAUGAGGGAGCUAAAGCCCCAAUGCAACAGCCUGUUUUUCAAAUCAAUAGCGGUCAUGUAGAUGUAGAGGAUAGUGAAGAACUAAAAGAAAUAAAACAUGAACUGUACAAACUAAGACAAACUGUUAUGAAACAGGGAGAGUUUAUGUCUUCUCCUAGAAAGUCUAUGGUUGUUGAAAAAGCUAUUGAUUUACUGCAACCAUAUUCACCAAAGACACCAGUGAUACACCCGCCCAGUGGUGGUGAUGUAAAUGUUGCACAUGGAGCAUGUGGGGGCCCUGAGGGUGACACACUUGUUGGUCUCGGCCAAGAGAAUGAGGAAGAGGAAGAGUUAGAUAACCGCUCUGAAGCCAGUGAACAGAAUGAACACGGCACACACUCUAAAGUACCGAGUGUUCGUAGUCACGCUUCAGAAACAUCAGCAGAAUUAAGACAUAGCAAAGAACAUAAAAGAAUGGAAGGGAUGAAAAGAGAAGUUAAGCAACUAAGGAAAAUAGUGUUAGAGCAUGACCGUAAUAAGCACAGCUUAAUACAUUCAAAAGAACCCCUGAGAGUCUCUAUGCAAGAGCCAGCACCACUUCCAACGGCCACCUCACAACUUUUCGGAGAACCAGACCAAGAUAAGGUAGAUGGUACACAAUUUCCCAUAGUGGUGCACAAAGGAACUAAAAAAUAUCAACCAUGGACACACAGUGAUCUUACUGCUAUAAUGAGUAAACUCCCACCAAUCACUAGUGGUGGAGGGAGAUGGUUAAAUAAAUUAAUUACAAUGAGUCAUGGUGUAGCUCUGGCCGUGGGUGAUAUCAGAUGUCUGUUAGGGCAAAUUUUAAGUAAGGCUCAAGUACAAGAUUUUGAAGAAAAUGCCAAUUUGACAUUGACAGACAACGAAGCAUUGUAUAGUACGGUGAGUACAGACAUCGGUAAGGCGCUUAGGGCCCAGUUUCCCACUCCACCAACAGUGUACCAAAACAUCAAAUUCAAAAUUAAACCAGAUGAGACAGGAGCAGCUUAUUAUUUCAGAUGUAAUGCUGAAUGGGAACAAUUAACAGAAGAAAAUGGGUUAAAUAACCCAGUCACCAGGGACAUAUUCAGGUCAGCUGUAAUGGCAGGUGCACCAGCUGGAGUCAAACACACCAUGGAAAAUAAUCCAGACAUCCCAUCAGCUUCUAAUGAACUAUGGGAGAGACAUUUGAUAUUUUACAUAGAAAAGGCCUUAGAUAAAUCUAACAAAGAGUUGGCUGAGGUUGAUAAAUUGAAAAAUGAACUACUUAAAUUACAAUUGGAGCAAGCAAAACAGGCCACUAACAAAAAGAAACAAAUGCCACAACAAGCCCAACCACCCACCACUUCAGGUCACCCCAAUGAGCAGAGACCCAACCAGUAUCCAAACCAGUAUGGCCCACCAGAUCCUUAUACAGGCCCACCAUAUCGGGGCACACAGAGAACCACUAUGAGGGGAAUGGCUGAGCCCCUCAUAGACGUAGUGGUAAACGAUAAACCACUAAAAGCUCUAGUGGAUACUGGAGCUACAUACUCCACUGUAAUAAGAGGCACCAUACAGUCAAAAGAUCUGGGUAAUAAAACAGUGAGUGUGAUGGGUUUCUCUGGUGAAAUUGAAAAGUGGCCAUUAACUAAAUAUUUACCAACAACAAUUGCUAAUCAAUCUGUCUCGCAUUCAUUUCUGUACUCCUCCAAUGCACCCGUUCCUUUACUGGGCAGAGACUUGCUAAUUAAAUUAGGGGCCAGCAUACUAUGCUCACCAGAUGGUGUCAUAGUCGGAUUUCCUGAUGGGAAUAACAUAAAUUGUUCAUUGGGGUCAACAGAGACAGGAAAUCAAUGGAUGUUGGUGGGGGGAAAGUAUAAAGAGUCAGUUGACAUUUAUUGGGCAGAACUAGAGACAGAUUGGGAAGAUGAGAUGUCCAGUAAUAGUGUAGUGACCCUUUACAACACAUAUAAGCCAUGGAUACAAGACAUAGCUCUAUUUCUACCACCCAUAGAUCCAUUACAUUGUACUAUGUUUUAUGACAGGUUUGAUACCACAACCUAUGAGGAACUUUUUCAGACCAUUGAGGGAACCAAGUGGAGGUUGGUGGGUGAUGGCAUAUUUGUGGGCCAACAGAGUGUGGCAGCCCCAAUAAUUUUAUCAGAAGAACAAAAAGAAUGGUACAAAAUGUCUGACACAGCUGCACCUCACAUUUCACUGGCAUUGCAUCCUAAUCAUGAGGCUAGAGAGCUAGGCAGUAUGGUUAAGAAACUUCUGACAAUUACUGAUUGGCAGAAAACACACAUCACAGGGGUAUGGCAUUCACAUAGCCAUGAUGUGUAUUGGAUCAAACAACAGACUGAGGAUGUAGCCAUCCUAAAACAUGAGCAACUAGCCAGAAGUCAUGGUAGGGAAAACACAGACGGUGAGGGCACAGAACAAAUGAUUGAAAGCAUGCCACAUGACCUAUGGUCACAAGGCCCCACAGAUGUGGGUUUUUGUAACAUUACCCCAGUCUCAUUCAAACUAUCCACCUCAGAGCCAGUAUGGGUUCCUCAAUAUAGAAAUAAGCCAGAUGCAGAGGAAGGGGUGAGGGCUACAGUAGAAGGUUUAUUGUGUAAACAAGUUUUAACUCCAACAUUUUCUGAAUGGAACACACCAAUUUUCCCUGUACCAAAACCCGGCUCAAACAAGUACAGGUUAGUACAUGAUCUCAGGGCUAUAAACACCUUGGUGGAGACAGGAACACUGAAUGUACCAAACCCAUAUGUGGCCCUGUCCAAUUUGUUGCCUGAACAUCAAUGGUUCACAUGCAUUGACUUGGCUAAUGCCUUUUUCUGCAUACCCAUUGCUGAUGAAUGUAAACCAUGUUUUGCUUUCACCUACAGGGGGUGCCAAUACACCUAUAACCGUUUACCUAUGGGGUUCAUUUUGUCACCAGGCAUUUUCAAUCAGGUGUUGCAACAAGAACUGACCAAAUGUGAGCUACCUGAAGGAUGUGUAUUGAUUAUGUAUGUUGAUGACCUCUUAUUAGCAGCCACGUCCAUGGAAACGUGCAUGAAAGCUACCAAAUUGGUUUUGAAACAGCUACACAUAUCCGGUUUCAAGGUGAGCAGGGAAAAGCUGCAAGUUUGCAGACCAUGUGUAACCUUUAUGGGCAGAAUGGUAACAGCGCAGGGUUCAACAUUAACCCCACAACAGAGACAGAGCAUCAUUUCUCACCCAAGGCCAGAAACUGUUAAAGAGUUAUCAUUUCUAGGCCUCACGGGUUUCAGCAGACAGUAUAUACCAAUGUAUGUGUCAGCUACUGCACCUUUAAGGGAGUUAGUGAGAGAGCAGGGCAUGAAAAACCUGAAAGCAGAGUUACUGUGGACCCCAGAGGCAGAGCUGGCCUUCAUUUCACUAAAAGCACAACUAUCACAGGCAGCCCAUUUGAAUUGUGCAGACUACGCCAAGCCGUUCAUCCUAGAUGUAUCUGAAACACAAAAUAGUGCACACGGGGUGUUAUACCAGAAGUAGCCAGGUGGUAGGAAGGUUUUGAUGUACAGCAGUGUUUUAUUGGACCCCAUUGAACAAAGACAGCCAGCAUGUGCACGCUACGCAGCAGGACUUGCGAAAUUGAUAACAAAAACAUCACACAUUGUCAUGGGCCAUGCACUUACAGUACUAACCACACACUCUGUGAUGUCAUUUGUAAAUUCAACUGCUUUCACUUUCUCUCCCCUCAGGCAGCGGAAGUUAGCAAAGAUUUUGGCAAGCCCCAACAUUACGUAUGUGCAUGAGGGAGUUAACAUGGCAGAUCUAAUCACUGAGGGUGAGCCACAUGACUGCAUACCAUUGACUGAAAAAGCAAACAAAUUGAGAGAUGGUUUGUUCGCGGUACCACUGACAACUCCCCCACCGGUAAUCAUACUGUUUACAGAUGGUUGUUGUUUCAGAGCAGCAGAUGGCACAUUGAAGGCAGGGUUUGCAGUUGUUGAACAGGUUGAAAAUGAUUUUGUGACAAGAGUAAGUGGCAAAUUGGAGGGUAAACAAUCAGCACAGAGAGCAGAAAUGAUAGCUGUGAUUAAAGCCUUGCACUACGCUGGUGAACAAAGGGUGACCAUUUUUAGUGAUUCUGCAUAUGUGAUUGGUGUUGUACAUGUUGAGCUGCCAGUUUGGCUGAGAUGUGGGUUUUUGACGACAACAGGCCGGCCUAUAACUCACGCUAGCGAGGCCAGAGACCUAUUGCAGGCUCUGUUGCUGCCAGAAGAAGUGGCUGUGGUAAAAUGCCAGGGUCAUGCAAAAGCAAAUUCAGUGAUUGCUCGUGGUAACGAUGCUGCUGACUGCGCUGCCAAAAAUGCUGCCGGGUACACAGCCGCACAAUUUCUUGUAACAUCGGACAGAACAAAAUCAGAUAUUUUACCGCGUUUUACUCGCGAAUAUCUUAUAAAAGAGCAAGCUGCUUCUGCACCUAAUGAGAAAAACACGUGGAGGGACCAUGGUGCUGUCAGAUCUUCUGAUGGCCUAUGGCCGGCCCCAGAUGGUAGACCUGCCAUGCCAAUGUCACUUUGUGAAUCAUUACUGAAACAAGUACACACAGCUAGCCAUGUGUCUGACAAGCAGAUGCUUCGUGAUCUGCAACAUUGGUGGCAUCCUUUUUUAACAUCCAUGGUAACAAACUACACCAGAUCAUGUGAGGUUUGCUGUGAACAUAACAUUAAGCCAACCGUCAGGCCGCAGAGAGGGUCAUUUCCAAUAACUAACGGGCCUGGUGAUGAAAUUGUGAUUGACUUUACUGACAUGGGAUCGAAGGUGAGAGGCAAACAAUAUGUCUUAGUCAUUGUUGACUAUUUCACUUCCUGGCCGGAGGCUUAUCCGGUGGGGAGAGAGGAUAGCACAGCUGUGAUUAAAUGUCUCAUCAAUCAUUACAUUCCUAACCAUGUUUUUCCCAGACGUGUCAGAUCUGACAAUGGCAGUCAUUUCAAAAAUGAACAUCUCAGACAGGUGGAGCAGGCCCUAGGUUUAACACACAGCUUUGGUGCGGUUUACCACCCACAAAGCCAGGGCAAAGUGGAAAGAAUGAACCUGACAUUAAAACUGAAAUUGGCCAAGGUUUGUGCACAAACAAAACUAACCUGGUUGGAUGCAUUACCAAUUGCAUUAAUGUCUAUCCGCUCUUCUGUUACCAGGAUCACUGGUUUCACCCCAUUUGAAUUGUUUACAGGUCGUCAGUUUCCAGGUCCAAGGAAUGCCCUGGUGCAGGAUCCCAUCCUGCCUCUAACACAUGCUGCUUAUUAUGACAAACUAACUGCUCUGAUUAAACAUUUUUCCUGCCAGGCUACCAACUAUGCUACUGAUGAUAGUGACCAAACUACAAGCACAGCUGAUUGGGUGAGAGUCAAGGUGUUCAGGAGAAAGUGGAACGAGCCAAGGUGGUCCAAACCGCUCAGAGUCACCGCUAGGACGUCACAUUGUGUCAAGCUCCAAGGGAAAGGAGACACCUGGUUCCAUCUCUCUUCUUGUGUUCCAUGUGAUUUUCCCAGCAGGUCUCUCACAGAAACCGGUGUGGACCUGAGGACUCAGGUCCAAGAGAGGGAGAGUGUUGAAAGUGAAAGUGAAAGUGAAUCAGCUGGAAUACAGAGAGAACAAACAGGAAGUGAAACAUCAGGGGUAACACUCACACAACACCAACAACAAAGUCAACAAACACUCUGUAAAAUUGUGCAUAAAAAAGGUGACAUUUUUUCCAGCCCAGCAACAGAACCCCUCGCACACUGUGUGAGUGCAGAUUGUGCCUACGGAGCAGGUAUAGCCGUACAAUUCAAAGCGAAGUACGGUACACAAAAGGUUGUAAGACAGAACAAACACACAGGUGAAUGUGCAGUUACCCAUGAGGACGAUGGCAGAUUGAUUUUUCAUUUAAUAACAAAACAAAAUUGUACUGAUUUACCAACAUAUGAGAAUUUUACCCACAGCCUCAGAUGUAUGAGAGAGUGGUGUGAGAAAGAAAACAUAACAAGUGUAUCCACUCCCCGGCUGGGGUGUGGCCUGGAUAAAUUGGAUUUCCAUAAAGUGCUGGAAAUCCUGACAGAAGUGUUCAGGGACCUGAACAUCACAAUUACUGUUUAUUCAUUAUAACCUGGGUAGCUAUAUACUAUAUUGACCUUUGAAUUUCUUAAGUUUCUUAUAUAAUCUUACAUUUCAAUGUUUCCUUUUGAAUUUAAUUUCUAAGUUUUUUAUACAAUUCUACAGUAUUAAUUUUACAUUUCAAUUUUUUUUUUCCUUUUUGAAUUUAUGAUUGUUUUUUGAGUAUUAGCCAAUAGGCAUAAGUGUAUUUUUUCCAUAGGGAUGAAGCUAUAUGGAAAUUGGAAGGUUCUGUGGGCCCUAGGGGUUAUAACUGCAAUUAUAAUCACCAUAAUAUUUGGCAUAAACAAUGGAGGUAAUCUGAGAAUUGGGAAAAGAUCCAAAGCUACACCACAAGAUUGGUGCCUG